CCAGAGAAUGCAGCCUGUUGUGGGUGCUCUGCUAUAUGCUGGGCUGCUGGGACUGUGCCUGGCUGCUCCUGAUCGAACCGUGAGAUGGUGUACUACCUCAGAUCAUGAGACCAGCAAGUGCUCCAGUUGGAAAAAAGCCCUUCCUGCAGAUGGUCCUCUCCUGGACUGUGUGAGGAGAAACUCUCCCUCAGAGUGUAUCAAGGGCAUUUCGAACAAUGAAGCAGAUGCUGUGACUGUUGAAGGUGGUUUGGUGCUUGAGGCUGGGUUAGCCCCCUAUAACCUGAAGCCCAUUAUGGCAGAAUUCUACGGCUCAAAAUCUGAUCCACAAACCCACCAUUACGUUGUAGCCCUAGUGAAGAAGGGCAGCGGCUUCCAGUUGAACCAGCUCCAGGGCAAGAAAUCCUGCCUUCCGGGCCUGGGAUGGGCUGCUGGAUGGAAUAUCCUGACCAAGAUGCUCCGUCCCUCGGCCUCUGCUGAAGAAGCAGCUAUGGCCCAGUUCUUCGCUAGCAGCUGUGUUCCCUGUGCUGAUGGGAAGAAGUUCCCCAACCUGUGUCAACUGUGUGCCGGGCAAAAGAUGGACAAAUGCGCCUGCUCUUCCCAAGAACCAUACUUUGGCUAUAGAGGCGCCUUCAAGUGCCUGCAGGAUGGAGCAGGAGAUGUGAGCUUCGUGAGACAUUUGACAGUGUUUGAGAAUGUGCCAGAGAAGGCCGACAGGGACCAGUAUGAGCUGCUCUGCCGUGACAACACUAGGAAGCCUGUGGAUGAAUACAAGGACUGCCACCUGGGCCGAAUCCCUUCCCAUGCGGUUGUGGCUCGAAGUGUGGGCGGCAAGGAUGACCUGAUCCGGGAGCUCCUCAAUUAUGCCCAGGAACAUUUUGGAAAAGGCAAGUCAACAGAAUUCCAGCUCUUUGCCUCCUCUCACGGGAAAGACCUGUUGGUCUCGGAUGCUGCUCAGGGAUUUUUACAAGUGCCACCUAAGAUGGAUGCCAAGCUGUACAUGGGCUACGAGUACAUCUCUACCAAUCAGCAUUUACGUGGAGGUGCAGAACAUCCCCAGAGGGUGCUGUGGUGUGCAGUGGGUACACACGAAAAAGCCAAGUGUGAUAACUGGAGUGCUGUGAGUGGUGGCAUCCUACAGUGCUCCAGGGAAGACACCACAGAGGACUGCAUGGCUACCAUUGUGAAAGGAGAAGCUGAUGCCAUGACCUUGGAUGGAAGCCAUAUAUACGUAGCAGGCGAGUGUGGGCUGGUGCCUGUCCUAGCAGAGAUCUACAAGCCUAAAGAUGGUACUGAGCAGCUUGGGUCUAAGUGUACAGAUGCACCAAUUGAAGGUUAUUAUGUUGUGGCAGUGGUUAAGAAAGAUUCUGAUUUCAACUGGAACUCCCUUCGAGGCAAAAAAUCCUGUCUACCAGCAGCCGGCAUGUCUGUAGGCUGGACCAUCCCUAUGGGUUUAAUGUACAACCAAACAGGUUCUUGUCAAUUUGAUCAGAUCUUCAGUCAAAGCUGUGCCCCUGGUUCUGAUCCACACUCCAGUUUCUGUGUUCUGUGUAGUGGCAGCAGUGAAGCAUCCCAUAAGUGUGCGCCCAACAGCCACGAGCCAUAUUAUAGCUCCAGUGGGGCAUUCAGGUGUCUGGUUGAGAAGGGGGAUGUGGCCUUUGUGAAGCACUCCGCAAUUCUGCAGAAUACCGGGGGAAGGAAUACUGAAACCUGGGCUAAGAAUCUGAAACAGGAAGAUUUUCGGCUGCUAUGCCUUGAUGGUACCAGGAAGCCAGUAACUGAACCUCAGAAUUGCCAUCUUGCCAUAGUUCCCAAUUAUGCUGUGGUCUCGAGGAAAGAUAAGGCAGAUUUUGUUCACAGAAUGCUCUUCAACCAACAGGAGCUCUUUGGAAGAAAUGGAUUUGAAUACAUGAUGUUCCAGAUGUUCAAAUCUUCUGCGGGGAAGGACCUGCUCUUCAGUGAUGACACAGAAUGCUUAGCUAACCUUAAGAACAAAACAACUUACCAAAAAUACUUAGGACCGGAGUUUCUUACGACUCUUGCUUACUUGAGACCAUGCUUAACCUCUGAACUUCUGGAUGCCUGUACAUUUCACAGGAAUUAAGAGCCUGCAACAUGUGAUCACGACCUCACCUGUUAGUGUGGGCAUCUGUUAACAGCUGUGAUCUUGAUAAUUAUGUGGUAUAACU